UUGUCAAUGAUUUACCUCAGUGUUUUGGAGUCCAGCGGCCUCCAUGCUGCUUCUAGCAGUGCUUGCCCCACAGCAUCCUGAAGCCUAAAGAUCUGCAGCUAAUCUAUAGCAAACAUUUACAUAUGGAGAAACCAUGUGGUGGGGCUUGUGUCAGCUUUCUCCUUUGAUUCUGUCUAUAUGCUCGCUGGCUUUAGCAGCAUGUCAGGCCACAGCUACAGCACACAGGGAGCUUGAGACAUUGUCUUCCCAGAGAAGAAGCAGCAGAGAUGUUAAUUCUCCAGCUCCUGUUGACUGUCAGCUGAGCCAGUGGUCAGAAUGGACUGAUUGCUUUCCUUGCCAAGAGAAAAAACAUCGGUACCGGAGGCUGGUGCAGCCGGCGCAGUUUGCAGGGCAGCAAUGCGCAGGGCAUCUUUGGGAUGAGCAAGCUUGCCGUACAGAGACGACAUGCACUGGACCCCCCAGCUGUGGGAAGGACUUUCAGUGUGAGGAAACAGGUCGCUGUAUUAAACGACAUCUUGUGUGCAAUGGGGAGCCAGACUGCAGAGAUGGGUCUGAUGAGGAUAACUGUGAGGAUGAAGACAUUGAAAGCCCUUGUGAACAGCUGUUCCCAAUCCCAGGGUCUGAAAAAGCAGUCCAAGGAUACAAUAUCCUAACACAGGAAGGGAAACAGUACAUAUAUGACCCUAAUUUUUUUGGAGGCCAAUGUGAGUAUGUCUACAAUGGAGAGUGGCGGGAGCUGAAGUACGAUGCUGCAUGUGAACAUCUGUACUAUGGAGAUGACGAGAAGUAUUUCCGCAAGCCUUACAACUUCCACAUAUACCAGUUCCUAGCUCAUGCUGAUUCUGGAUUCACUUUUGAGUUUUAUGAUGAUUCAAAGGAUCUGCUCGAUGCCCUUAAAAGCGAUAAAUCCAGAACAAGAGGCUUUACCAUUGGAAUCGGGUAUACAGGACCAGCGUUCCAGUUAGACCUGGGCUUCACUUUAUCAGGUGGCAAAGGAUCCCUGAAGAAUUUCACACAAUACGCUACAAAGGAGGUUGGUUUCAUUAGAGGUGUGACAAAGGUGCAGACAGCCCGUUUCCAGAUGAGAAGGGACAACAUUGUUUUGGAUGAAGAUGUGUUGCUCUCCCUGCAGGAGCUUCCAGACACCUAUAACUAUGGCAUGUACGCCAGAUUCAUCAAUGACUAUGGUACCCACUUCAUGACAUCUGGCACUAUGGGAGGUGUCUUUGAGUACAUCCUUGUCAUUAACAAGGAGGAAAUGAGAAGAAAAGGCAUCAGCGCUGAAGAGAUAAGUGGCUGCAUGGGCUGGUCAAUUGGCCUUACAGGCAGCAUGAAUAAAGCGCAUUUGGGAGCAUCCAUAUCAUCCUCUGACUGUGCAAAGAAAGGAUUUCUAAAAACCGAUGCUGAGAGCAACAGUGCAGUUGUAGAAGAUAUUAUUCCCCGGAUUAGAGGUGGAGAUAGCAGUUACAGCGGAGGACUCUUAAACAGUUGGGAUGGCAAUAUGUAUCGUCACUGGGGAAGGUCAUUAAAAUAUAAUCCUGCUGUUAUUGAUUUUGAGUUGCAGCCCAUCCAUGAAAUUCUCCGUAGAAGCAGCCUCGGCGACAUGGAAACCAAGCGGCAACACCUGAAACGGGCUUUGGAUGAUUACUUGUUGGAGUUUAACGCCUGUCGCUGUGGACCCUGCCAGAACAACGGUGAACCUGUUUUGGUGGGAGACACGUGUUUCUGCCAGUGUCGACCAGGUUACAGAGGCCCUGCCUGCGAGCAGACAAAGCGCCAAGGCAGCAAGAUGGAUGGGCGCUGGAGCUGCUGGUCAGCCUGGAGUCCCUGUCAGUCAGGCACAGCGCAGCGCAGGCGGCACUGCAACAACCCGGCCCCGCAGCACGGUGGGGAGCCCUGCAUGGGGAGCAACCUGCAGAGCAAAGCCUGCUGAAAACCACAUUGCUCUACACAGGCCGAGACCAGUUUGGAGUCUGUGCAGGGCUAGAAGCACUCCAGGCAUGAUCCCACAAUGGAUUUACCCUGGGGAAAAAGAAUUGACCAUCAUUGCAUUCUUAUAUGUAUGGAGACAGGAUGGAUUCAGUGUGUAAAACCAGACCUAUUGCUCCAGCUGCCUGAAUGCAGAUGCCCCCACACCACAAAAGGUGAUGGGAGCCCCAUCAGUUCACAGUGGCUGCAAUACAGGAGAUGGUGGAGAACCCACACAGGGGGUUUUGCUGCUGUGUGACCCUGUCAUGAAAUAAAUUUACUGGAAGUGUUUGCAUAAGUA